AGCAUAUGACGUGUUGAGUGACCCUCAGGAAAGAGCAUGGUAUGAUAAUCACAGAGAGGCUCUACUUAAAGGUGGGCUUGACGGAGAAUAUCAAGAUGACAGCUUAGAUUUGCUUCACUAUUUCACUGUCACCUGUUAUUCUGGCUAUGGAGAUGAUGAAAAGGGCUUCUACACAGUGUAUCGUAAUGUUUUUGAAAUGAUUGCAAAGGAAGAACUAGAAUCCAUAUUAGAGGAGGAUGUUGAGGAUUUCCCAACUUUUGGAGACUCCCAGAGUGACUAUGAUACGGUAGUCCAUCCUUUCUAUGCGUAUUGGCAGAGUUUCUGCACUCAGAAGAAUUUCUCCUGGAAGGAAGAGUAUGAUACACGACACGCUUCAAACCGCUGGGAAAAACGGGCCAUGGAGAAAGAAAACAAAAAGAUUAGGGACAAAGCAAGGAAAGAGAAGAACGAGCUGGUCCGUCAGCUGGUGGCCUUCAUUCGUAAAAGGGAUAAAAGAGUGCAGGCGCAUCGGAAACUUGUGGAAGAACAGAAUGCGGAGAAGGCGCGGAAGGCCCAGGAGAUGCGGCGGCAGCAGAAGCUGAAGCAGGCCAAACUGGCAGAGCAAUACAGAGAACAGAGCUGGAUGACUGUAGCUGAUUUGGAAAAGGAGCUCCGAGAGAUGGAGGCCCAGUACGAAAAGGAGUUUGGAGAUGGAUCGGAUGAAAAUGAAACGGAGGAACAUGAACUCAAAGAUGGACAGGAUGGGAAGGAGAGUGAUGAGGCCGAGGAUGCUGAGCUCUAUGACGACCUGUACUGCCCAGCAUGUGACAGAUCUUUCAAGACAGAAAAGGCCAUGAAGAAUCAUGAGAAGUCCAAGAAACAUCGGGAAAUGGUUGCCUUGUUAAAACAACAGUUGGAGGAGGAGGAAGAAAAUUUUUCAGGACCUCAAUUUGAUGAAAAUCCAUUGAAUGACAAUUCUGAGGAAGAAAUGGAAGAUGCACCAAAACAAAAGCUUUCUAAAAAGCAGAAGAAAAAGAAACAGAAGCCAGCCCAGGAUUAUGACGACAAUUUCAAUGAAAAUGGAACUGGAGAAAGAGUAAAAAUUGACCCAGAAGAUCCUAACUUAAAUCAAGACAAUGCCAAAGAAUUGGAAAACAGUUCCCAAGAAAAUGCUGGUGUCACAGAGACCGUUGAACCAUGUGAUGAUGCAAAAAGUGAAGCUAAGAGUGUUCCUAAACCCAAAGGAAAGAAAACCAAAGAUAUGAAGAAAACUGUCAAAGUACCUGCUGAACCACAGACGGUGACUGAUGUCCUUAUCAGCUGUACAACCUGCCAUAGUGAAUUUCCAUCUCGGAAUAAACUUUUUGAACAUCUGAAGGCCACAGGUCAUGCAAGAGCUCCGUCGUCAUCAUCUUUAAACAGUGUCACAAGUAGUCGAAGCAAGAAGGAAAAACGCAAAAACAGAUAGAAAUUCUGCCUGCACAUUUUCUUUACUAUCUGGAUUUUGAAACCAAAAAACUGAACUGAAAUCAUCCAAAAAGUUAAAAUUUCAGUGAUCUGCAAUUUAUUGCAUUGUGGAAGAUUAUUUUUUACUUAUAAAAGCAUUUUUUUUGUUUAAUAUAUAUUUUUUAAACAUUUCAUUAGUGAUUGAAUUCUACUUUUGCCAUCUGAAUUGACUUGAAUGUCAGAACAGGUAAAUAUUGUAAAGUGUGUAUUCUUGAUUGCUGCUGGUUCAUGUGGACAGAAAUGUACAGGGAGAAUUAAAUUAUUUUAACACAUA